AUGACAGAAGAAUAUAAAGUUGAGUUGAUUAGAGUAAUGGUACUAGGAGAUGGAGGUGUAGGAAAAUCAGUAUUAACAAUUCAAUUUACAAUGAAUAUGUUUGUAGAAGAAUAUGAUCCGACAGUAGAAAAUUGUUAUAGAAAAAAUAUUAACGUUGAUGGGAAAGUUUGCGUCUUAGAUAUUCUUGAUACUGCUGGAAGAGAAGAAUAUCAAACAAUGAUUGAUCCUUAUAUCAGACAAACAAAUAGUUUCCUUAUUGUAUAUAGUAUUGUUGAUGAAAAAACAUUUGAAACAGCAAAAAAAUAUGUAGAUAAAAUUUUAAGAACAAAAGAAGAUGAUCAUUAUCAUCAAAUAGUUUUAGUUGGAAAUAAAAUUGAUUUAAAUAAUGAACGCACUGUACAAAAAGAAAAAGGAUUAACUUUUGCUCAAGAAAAAGGAAUUGGAUUCAAUGAAACUUCUGCUAAAAAAAGAAUUAAUGUUGACGAAACAUUCCAAAUGAUUGUUAAACGAAGUAGAGAGAAUAAAAUAAGUAAUAGUGAUAAUGAAACAACAAAUAAGAAAAGAAAAUGUCUGUUAUUGUAA